AUGAAGAUCAAUUGGAACUCUAUCGACGCUCUUUCCCAACUCCUCUUUGCAGUGUAUGCCGCGUUGGGGGAAGAGGAAUUUGAAGGUCGAUAUGACGCCAUUGCCAGAUUUUAUGCGCCUGAAGGGGCGGUUGAAGCGAUAGCGAAAGAUAUCAAAAAGUUUUUUGCUAAGGAGUUUAACAAAAAGACAGCUGUACAGAAGGCCAAAAAUGAUAAGCAUCCACCAACAGGGAGAAGGAAUCAGAGAUCUUCGAAACAGCCGGGCCAGUCACCACCUUUCUCUUUCGACGAGGAGGAUCCGAGCAUAUCAACCGGCCGUGAAGACGAGGCUCAUCCUGACCAUUCACCUUCUACGUCAGCAAAGCGUCCCCUAGCUAUCAACCUCUUACCCAACAGAGAAGAACCAGGCAAUUGGGGAGUACUUUCAGAAAGCCCGGCGCCACAAUAUAUUCCCAACACAUCUCACUCUGUUCAACAAGUCGCACUUGAGAGUCGGCCCGAACCACCUCGUGUCAAUGCUGUGUCGUACGAUGGUGGAACUUCCUCACAGGCACCCGCACGCCAUUCGCGGAUUUCUAUGCAGACCCCGGACGGAACCAACAAAAGGCCAUCUUUGGUGGUCGAAAGUGCUACCCUCAAGGGCGACCAAAGUGCUUCGCUUCCAGCACCUAACUCUACGGGUCCUUUCUCAGAAGUUGAGUUAUUCACCUACACGACCAAAGGAGGCGACUGCCGUUGUGGCUUGUGCCUGACUCAGCUCCCCACCGAAUUGGAGCUCUAUCUCCAUGAACGGCAAAGCCAUGAGCACCUGCUCAAUCUCACAAAUCCCGAUAAGGUCCGCAAAGCUAGAGAGCAUCUUGCUGAAGUCAGAGGCUUUGCAUUCGCACCAUCUCAAUCCACCAUUAUACCAAGACAGCAGAUAAGCAUCAAUGGACUGCUCAAUCCAGUAGCGUCCGCAGCGGCCCGUAGACUGGAAACUCUCGAUGUCACAAACAAUCAAGCAUCUUCGCAAGCCCAGGUGCAUCACCAAAACAGUGCUUUUCAAACGAGCCACACUCGUAACGAUUUCCUAGAUACAAUCGAAGUGCGGAGAAGGCCUGCCAGUACGCCGUCCGCACCUACCGUGGCUGAUGGUGCGGUUGACGCAGAAACUCCCGAUCUACGACGACGACGGCGGCGGCGACCACCGUCACCACCAUCCUCCCCGCAGAGGAUGCAGCCGGCCGACAAGGGCAAGCAACGAACAGAUCGCCUUUCACCCCCGAACACGCGAGAGGACACCGAACUGCGUGCAGCCAAUCCUCAUCGAGGGCCACAUGCAUCACACGUGGUCGACGCGGAUAGUUCGCCUCCUGUGCGACAUCAUUCUUUUCCGCCUCCCCCUCCCCCUCCCCCUCCUGGUCGCCGAAUACCCCUGCCUAAUACCCCUGCUACUACUUAUACUCCCGUGGGUGCUAUGUCUCCCAUGUCGUCGGCCCAAAUCACACUAUCUCCAGGAUCCUCGGUGGCUCUGCUUCAAACAGACAUGUCAUCGCCGAAUCCCCAAUUUCAAACCCCUGCACCAGGAGUCCGAAAAUUGGAGCCGAUAACACCGGACACGUGGCCGCCGUCCGUGGUCACGCACCAGGACCCCGGACGACCAGGAUACACAGAUAAGUCCGUCAACAGCUCCAUUGGGACACCUCGCUUCAUAAGGCCAGAACUGGCGCAAAUUUUGCGCUCCACAGUGGAGGUGGUGAUGCAGGAGGCGGGUGACGUCCAACUUGACACUGUUAUUUCGGCCGUUUUGAAGGGCAUCUCGACCAGCGAUCCUACAUGCGGCAGGCACAUGAUUCCGUUGGCCGGGCCAAGUCGUGGGUACCGUGAAAAUCCUCCUUGGAACGAAGGCCACGUUCCUUUAGAGAACACGCGAAGGUAUAACAGCGAGUAUAGGAGCACAGAGAAUCCAGCUGCCCAUGAUGCAGAGCCUCGUGGGUAUGAGCGCCUUGAUUCUCUCACAGUUUCCGGUGGCAGGGGCCACGGCAGAAGUGACGGCAGAUUCAACGGCGAGGGUGGUGGCAAGCUUAACGGCAGAGCUUAUGACGAUCGAGAAGAUUCUCAACGUACCAGGAAACGUGCAAGGAGGAGGGAGGAUGAAGAUAUACAAGAGUAUAUUAUGAUCGACGAUUGA